AUGCCGAUUUUAACUUCACUUAAUAAACCUACCCCUGUCAUACAAACUGUAAGCGACAUGAAUGAUUCUGAAUAUCAUAACAGAGUUGAUAAUAACCGCAAAUGUAAGCCAAGAAAACGUCGCUUGUUAAAAAAAUGUUGUGAUACACAUUUGAAAACCAAUAAAUAUGAAUUUUGUAAUGGAGACAUGCGGCAAUAUUCUCAAGUGACUAGUGAUAUAAGUCAUUUAAAUGUAGACAGAGAAAUUACCCGUAAGUCACGCAAAAUGCAACAAAAAAUAAAUGGCAAAGAAAAUAUUCGACCAUGCGAUGUGUGGGCCAUGCUAAGAAAUAUGAAUAGAAUCCAAUGCAUACACUCUCCGCCUUUAUCAGAUGAUAGCACAGAAACCGUUAAAAGGAAAAAACACUUAACGAAAGGAAUUAUAAGACGUAACGAUGCAAGAUUAGUAGAAACGUGUACAACUGAAGAAUUUACUUAUAUAUCUAGCUUUGAUGUUAAUACCAACGCACAAAGUAUUUUUUCACAACCAUCAAGUUUUGAUCGUAUAACAGUAAUAAGCAAGAAUGAUAAUUCAAACGGAAGAAUGAAAUGUACCGAAACUAAUGUUUUGGAACCAAGGUUUCUCACAAAAGAAGAAAACACAACAGAUAAGAACACAAAAAAUAAAGCAAAUAAAAUGUUUAGAAAUGUUAUCAAAUAUACAGAUACUAAAAAAGUUGAUGAUAUAGGUAAAGAAGCUAAGUAUUUACUUGAAAAUAGUGUACGUUAUCCUUUACAUAAAGCAAAUAAUUCUAUAGAUUAUUUACAUAAUGAGUUUAAUAGAUCGGAUACGAUUAAUUUCAAUGAUUAUGUAAGUUUGAUAAAUACACUUAAUAACAACUUGAAAAAUUACGGUGGGAAAAAAUUAAUAACAAGUUUGAACAAUAUAUCCAAAGAUAUGGUUCAAAUUCAUACGUCUAGUGAUCGAUUUUCUAGGACUUCAGAGAGAUCUAGCACAGCUGGCUGCAUGAUUAGUUUCAAUGAUUACGUUAGUUUGAUAAAUACGCUUAAUAACAACGUGAAAAACUACGGUGGCAAAAAAUUAAUAACAAGUUUGAACAAUAUAUCCAAAGAUAUGGUUCAAAUUCAUACGUCUAGUGAUAGAUUUUCUAGAACUUCAGAGAGAUCUAGCAAAGCUGGCUGCAUACAUAACAACAAUGGAAUUUAUUUUAAGAAUAGCGAAAUAAUUAAAAUUCCUUUAUCUGCUAAACCUUGUUUAUUAUCAAAGAUUGCUUCGUCUAAAGAUAAUGCUGAUUUUACUAAAAAAAAACCAAUCAUGAGAGACUGGACACCAGAUUCAAAAGACAGCGACUUCUUUAGGAACCAAUUCAAUAUUAAUGUACCCACUAUUAAAAGUAAGUGCCAUAUUGAUUAUAAAACUGUUAAUUCUGAUAAUUUUUCAAAUGAAAUCAACUGUCCAAGAUCAGUCAAAAAUUCAAAUACAAAUGAUAAUAUAAGUGCAGCUUAUCCUCAAAGACGAAAAGUAGCGAAACAGUUGAAAAAUGAAAUGAUAGACGUCAUUAAUAAAACUCCAAAUAAAUCGAUUAUAAGAGAUCCUAUCGAUUGCUUAAACGAAAAUUAUACAAAUAAAGGAAUUGAAAUACCAUUAAAUAUUUCGAAAAGGAAUGCAGAUAUAUGCCAUUACGAGAAAUCACUUUCAUUCAACAGACCCCAAUUAUCAAUGAAAUAUCCAUGGUCAAAAGUGAAAUGCGUUAGUGAUUUUAUUGAAAAUGUAUUAAAGAAAAUUAUGAGAGGAACAUACUAUACUUAUAAUCCUGAAGCGGUGAACCAAAAGUUCGUUUCCGAUGAUGAUAUCUCAAUGAAAACUGGACCUAAUAGUAAAUUAGAUGCCAAAGGCAUUGCUAAAAAAUCUAUGGAAUUAGUUUCAAAAAAUGUAGAUGAGAACUACAAAUGUUAUAAUAUCAUACCAGGUUUCGGCGAACUUCAAGUCACUACAGCGUCAAAACUUGAAGUCAAAAUGCUAACUCGUACCACAAUAUCUAUAUACCAUUGUUUAACAAAUGUGGCUAUACAAUUUGAUAUAACUGUACCUGAAGUGUCAGAUUCUAUACAAUCCGCAUCACUUACUCCAUCGAUUUUGCCAAUAAUGGCGACAGACGGAAAGGAGAAUAAGACUACGUUAUACAAGUAUAAAACAAGAAUUAUGAAUAGUGUAUUACCUGCAGAAAUAUGCAGUAUAUUACCCAAAUUGAUGCCUCUAAUAACAAAGGAUUUGAAACAAAUGGCGCAUGAAUCGACCCGUGAUGCUACAGAUUUCUCUUUAGUAUCGGUAUUUAAUAUGAAAGAAAUUGACAAAGCGGAACCUAUCAAGAAUUCAUUAUUUGAAACGAAAAUAUUUAAAGAAGGAAUAUAUUCAAAAAUAUCUACUAAAAUUAUGCUAAGACCACAUCACAGAAAUUUAUUUAAUCUUGAUUUAUGGAAAAAAGAUAAUUUAUUAUCACUUAACAUAAACAUCAAAGACUUACUACUUUUAACCACACCUUUGUAUAUUUUCUUAAACACGAAAAGUAAAGAAUAUAAAGUUCCAAAUAAAACCGAAAAUGUUUGUUGUAACAAGGAAUUAGUCAACAAUUGCAAUGCUUUGCAGUUAUAUGUACCGCCUAAUAAGGGAUCUAAAAUUACAUCUUAUUCUACUUUAAAAUUAACGAAUGAGCGCAUAAAUGAUUUACAGAAAUAUAUUUAUGGGUUUUUUAAUUUUACGUCAGCCCCAAUUCAAUAUGAAUGUAAAAAGGAAAUUGUAACUACGAAGAACUGGCUUGUUUAUAACAUGUAUGAAGAUUUUAGGCAAUCGGUUCAUGGAACAAACUGCGUUAUUCAAUAUACGUUUAAUUCACCUUUAAAGUUGAAUAUGUACGCAGAACGUUGCAACGGAAUUCAUAUGAUGAAAAUUAAAGAAUUACCAUCUCAAAAUGAAAAAAUUAAAACAAAUAUCAAGAAAAUUUCUAACAAGUCUUACAAGAAGUGUAGUUCUAUGACAAACAUAUCUAAGGAAGUUUAUAGCACUUCUAUGGAUAAAAUAACGAAUUUGGAUGAUUUCUUUCUUACUUUCGGAUGCUGCAAGUCAUUGUCCGGUAUAUUAGAUGGAAACUCGGGAAAAACAGUUUUAUCUUUUAUAACAGAGAUGAAAAGUUGGAUAAAAGAAAUAACUCCAGUACAGGCUCUUCUCAUUCUCUUAUUGGCGAAUAAAAAGGAAACAACGAAUCUGAAACGGUUCCGACCAAUUUUACUGCAAGGAAUUGCCAUAAAAAGAAUUACAACUAUAACAGAACUUGACAUGGAAAUUGAAGUUAUUGAAAAAGAAAACCUCUGUGUUUCCCAGUACGAAGGGAUAUCUUUUUUACCGAGGGCACAAGAAGAUAGUUUUCUGGAAGAGCUUUAUUGGAUUGCGAAGACCACAGCGUCAGAUUAUCAAACUUCAUUCGAUGAAUCCUCAAAAAUGCUACUGAAAUCACUACUAGAGAAGAGAAAGAAGCUUAGUCCCUCAUAUCUAAGAGUAAUGGCGCGUUAUGUAGGGUUAGGUUUAUUGAAACAAAGAAAAAAUAACAAUAAGCAGUACAUAUCACAACAUUUAAAUUGA